UGCAGAUGCAAGAACGAGCAGACUUGUGGAAAAGAACUGAUGCAUGCAGUUGCUUCUCAACAAUGAGAGACUCAAGCUAUAUUAUCAUGCUCACAACUGGCUUCGUGAAAUCGUAGCUUAUUCGAACCGUGCCCGCUAGUCUCACGGUGUGACUGUGUGCAACUAUUGCCAGUUGACGGUAGGAGUCACGAUGCGUGAAUGAGUUCAGGUAGAUGGAACGCUGUGAACAUAGCCUGCCAGAAUGGUCAAUGAAAGGUUGAAUCGUAGAAUCACGCUGCUUAGGGUGCGGUCGAGGAACCUUAAGACAGACAAGCACCCACUGGUUAUGCUAUGUGCGGCAUACGUGCUGCUGUUUCGGCUGCUGUACACCUGCUUGGCGGGUGUCAUGCGCGUGGCACCACCCCCGUUCCGUGGCUCACCACCCCCACUGCUGCCACCUGGUGGUAACAGGGACCAGCCAAGUGUACCAGUAGACAUGAAGCCUUUGCCAAAGGAGCCAGACGGGGAGGACAGCAAAAAGAAAGAUAAGAAGCAGAAGACACCUAAAGGUAGCAAAAAAGACAAGAAGGAGAAUGACCGACCGAUCAUCUCCUCGCCAACGAACUUUGAGCACACAGUUCAUGUGGGAUUCGAUGCCUGUACUGGGGAAUUCACUGGGUUGCCUGAGUCAUGGCUGCGGCUCCUUGAACACUCGGAGAUCUCCAAGACGGAGCAGAAGAAGAAUCCUCAGGCAGUGCUGGAUGUGCUCAACUACUAUGACCACUCAAAGAACAGCAAGCCUGAAUCAAAGUACAUGACAGCUAAACCCUUCAUUUCUACGCCCAGGCCGAGUUAUCAGACGGACAGAUUCGCUAGCAAUGCUGUAAUGCCCCCUCUGCCACACCAUAAGCGUACUGAGACACCAACACCACCUAGUGCCGAAGAAGAAGAAGAAGAUGUGGGACCACCACCACCAAUCGCAGCCCGACCUGAAAGAACGAAAUCAAUAUAUACGAAGCCUAUUGAGCGUGAAAAAGAGAAUGAGAGACCCCCAGUGCCUCAGAAUGGUGCAUUACCCUUGGGAGCAGAGAAGAAGCAAGAAACCAGAGCAAAGAAGAAGAAAAUGUCGGAUGAGGAAAUUUUGGAGAAACUAAGGACAAUAGUUAGUGUUGGUGAUCCUAAUAGGAAAUACACAAAGAUGGAGAAAAUAGGACAGGGUGCUUCCGGAACAGUCUACACGGCAAUCGAAACGGCCACAGGCAUGGAGGUUGCCAUCAAGCAGAUGAAUCUCUCACAGCAGCCCAAGAAGGAGCUGAUCAUCAACGAGAUACUCGUCAUGAGAGAGAACAAGAACCCCAACAUAGUCAACUAUCUAGACAGCUACCUCGUAGGGGAGGAGCUAUGGGUCGUCAUGGAAUAUCUAGCCGGCGGCUCACUGACAGACGUCGUCACGGAAACGUGCAUGGACGAGGGUCAGAUCGCGGCCGUCUGCCGUGAGGUGCUGCAGGCACUGGAGUUUCUCCAUGACAACCAGGUUAUACACAGGGAUAUCAAGAGUGACAACAUCCUGCUCGGAAUGGAUGGUGGCGUGAAACUAACUGACUUUGGCUUUUGUGCACAAAUAUCGCCUGAGCAGAGCAAGCGAACCACAAUGGUUGGCACUCCAUAUUGGAUGGCCCCAGAGGUGGUCACUCGUAAACAGUACGGACCAAAGGUUGACAUAUGGAGUUUGGGUAUAAUGGCGAUUGAGAUGAUUGAGGGCGAACCACCAUAUCUGAAUGAGAAUCCAUUACGAGCACUGUAUCUUAUUGCAACAAAUGGAAAGCCAGAUAUCCAGCACAAGGAAAAACUAUCGCCAGUGUUCCAGGACUUUUUGGACAGGUGUCUGGAAGUGGAUGUUGACAGGCGAUGGGGUGCUUGUGACCUUCUGUUGCACCCAUUCCUGAAGCUGGCAAAGCCUCUAGCCAGUCUUACACCACUGAUUCUGGCUGCCAAAGAAGCUGCGAAGAGCCAUUCGUAAUAUACACAACGAGGUAACAUCCGUGGUUGGGUGCUGCCAUCUGGUGCACGUGAUGGAUAUAAAGGAACAUGACCUGCACGCAUUUGAAUUGAAAUCUUAGUGUUGUAGUCUACUUCAGUAUGCGCCGGUCUACCGGUCCUCUUUGCUGUGCAUGUGCACAGCUAUCUGUCAUUUGAGCAAGUGACACAGCGUGAUAUAGAAAUUAACGGCAGAACUGCAGCAUGACAGGUAUUGCAGCUAGAUGUAUAAAGUGGCAUACAAUGCAGCAGUUUGUGAGUAGAAGUCGAAAUCCAACGUGCAGUUAACAAAUGUAAUAUCAUUAGCGUAGCGUGAUCCGUGCUUCUGUAACUUGUUAUAGAUAGUAACAACCCCCUGAAAUCCUGAGCUUCACACCCUGCCAAUUGUAGGUCUUUGUAGGCUGUGGAAAUGCGUGAUUUAGCUGCGUUUGUAGCAUGUGCACAAACGAUGAAGACUUCGGUUUCACGUGAAUGUGUACAUUGGUGAAUGUAGGUAGUAGUGAUGCGUUCCAUGUUUUGGCUCAAAACCCAUACACACUGUGUCGUCAUCUACCACGGAUGUGAUUACCUCGAUCGUAUGUAUGACAUACUGACGGCUUCAUUUUAAUGUCAGGCACAUUUUCUUGCAACAUAUACAUUGCUUACAAGAACGACUUCAAUUGUCGGAAAAGAAACGUUUAUACAUUUUAUACGUAAGCUUUUUAUAGAGCAAAUUUUGCUUCUGAAAUCUUAUUUUUAACAACUCGUUCAUUUCUGCCAGUAUAUGUAUAUUUUAAAAUGGUUUGCAUACUGGCAUGGCUGUACCAAAGAUUGUUGAAGGUUAUUGUGCACGUUGUAUCAUGGUUGUUGUCAUUGUGGCUGUUUGCAUCGAGUUUGAAUGGCGUGCUUUUUUAUAUUUUAAAACUUGCACAUUGCGUUUGUAUCGAUGUGAUUGAAGAGGUAGGGUUGUAAACAGCAUGAGUAAUGAUGGAAUCUUUGUAGCACGUUUAUUUUUUAUAUUAAGUGAUACGGUUGGUUGGUAUUUUAUUGUGCGCACGUACCGUCUAUUUCAUUCGCUGUUGGCUUAAAAUUCUGCACAUUGGUUUAACGCUUUCGAUGAGUCUAUAUAGAGAACAAUGCAGGAGUCGGUCACUAUAAUCUAUUCACUUGGUAAUUGCAAGAACCACUAUGCCUUCAAACUGUGGUCAGUUAUAUCCUUUGUGAGCAGUGAUAUUGCUUGGACGGUGUUGAUGUUGUUCUAGACCAGUGGCUUUUUAUACAAUUUUAUCAAGAGGGUGUAUACAUUUUAUUCGACUGAUCAUAUCCUUGUGGCUCUGCGAUGUUUAGCAUGUUAUUGUUAUUGCAGGUUGUGUUUGUCAGAACCGCGAGUCGAUGCAUGAAUUCCUUUGUUGCUUUUGCUAGGCUUGGGCAAUACACAUUUAAAAUAUCACAGGCUUUUACUGGACAUUCUUGAAAUUAAGUCUAACAAGCUCCGUUUCCAUUGCCCUUGAAGCCUAUGGUUGAGUAAGCCUCUUUGUGGAUAGGAUAUAUUGGAUCUUUACAGGAAGAAUCCUUAUGCAUGAAUGGUAAUUAGUUAUAGCGAUAUCACCAGGAGUGGAUUUUAGUCUGUCAGUUAUUCGUGAUAUCAUGAGCUAGUGUCCACCUCAAGAGGUUAGUUCCCUCCCAUUACUAAUAUUACUACGUGAGAAAGUAGCCCCCAUUUUGUUUAGCUCUUCUUUUUUCAUUCAGUAUUACAUGCAACCAAUGUCCAUCUUACAGUUUGAUUGCAGGUCAUAUUCUUAUGGGCGGGCCUUCUCACAUUUUCCCCUAGCAAGUCGAUCGUAACGUGAGCCUUCGUGAUUUGUAAAUGUACUUACUUCACAAGAUUUCGAGCUGUCCUUUUGCACUGAUUAUGGUCCUGUUUGUAUAUCGGCUGGUUGUGAACCAAUAAUGGUGCCACGCACCAAAAUUUUGGGUAAGGUAGAAAACAUUUAGAAUCGGAGUCAUGAUCUUGUAAAAAAGCAUCGCACGUGCUUUUGUUUUGCAUUGGAAUAUCAUUGUGAUAGUUUGAUAUUAUUGUUUUAUGUGUAUCGUGAUUAAAUUAUUAUCUUUUCUUAUAUGCUCCCAAUAAUGUCUAGGUUUCUAUCCAUAUUAGAUUAUGUACGCGUAAUCACAUGUAAUCAAUCUCCACAUUUUACUUUCAAGUGUGGUGUGAUGUCAUGUAUGCUAGUAGAUAAUAUAGAACUUAAGAAUGCCAUAUAAUAUAGCCGCAAAAUGCCAUUGCUGGUGUACUUUUGAAAUCGUAGUGGCCGAUUUUGAGUAUCGUCUAUGCCAAGUAGAAGUUUUUUGUAAUUUAAGCGAUUUUUAAUAAACAAAAUAAUAUGUAAAAUAAAA